CCACUGCAGCCGAAGCCUAUUUCUGUUCUUGGUUCCUCUCUCUCAAAUUCGUCUCUCUCUCUCUCUUUCUCCUCUCUGAGUUUUCCGUUGACUAUCUCUGACGCCGCAGUCCCUUGCAGCCUCCGGUUGCAGCUUCAUCACGCCGUCUGCUGCAGCCUCCGCAAUAGCCUACUUGGAGUACGUCGCACGACACGCCGGGUUCAACCGCCACCAUGCAGUCCGUCUCUUGAUGUAAGCUGGAUUGUUAGUUGGAGAAUUGCUGUUAUGGCGCUUGACCAGUCGGCAAGUUGAGGUUUAUUGGAUGUUAAGGUCAAGGUGGAAAUUGGUAAUUUAGUUAUGUCUCGGGUUGUGGUAAGUAAUUUAGAUGCAUUAGGUUAUGGUGGUCACUUCGGGCGGUUUAUGGGCUGACUUCUUGGAGUUUGGUUUCGAGUGUUAGCUUCAAGAGAAUUUGGUUGUGCACGUCUUGGGCAGGCAGAAAAUUGGGCGCGAUGAUGAUGGUACGAUUGUGGUGUUUCGGUGACUUUAUAACCUUGCUUUGGGGAGUUGGGGUAAAUAUCUAGAAUAAGCUUGGAGGUUCAAAGUGUCGGCUAGAAGAUAAAAAUAGGCUUCUUUGCAUCGGUUGUCAAUUAGGUCGGGAUGAUAAUUAAUAGAGGGCUGUGCAGAGUAUCUAUGCAAUUUGUCAAAAUGUUCAGAAAUGGAAUCUGUGGUAUAACUGUAUUUGAUGAGAUGUGGUUAGAUUUGAUUAAAUGGGUCGACUCGGAGGUACUGGGUGUUUAAGAAAUAUUUGAAUGGACAUAUGUGUAAUUAUGGUGGUUCCGACCAGUCUUGGAAGUUAUGGCUUGAAGUUGCGAGUGAUCGGGUUAGAAUAAUGGGAAUCAUUGGGUUAUUGUCAAGGAGUUAUUUAAAUGUUUUGUCUCAUUUAUUUUAGAGGUGUUAGGUUAUUUAGUUUUUGUACUUAUAGAUUGUAUAGACUUCUUUUAGGGUUCGAUUGAUUUUGCUCAAUUCAGUUGUGUAGUUCAGGGGAGCGGUGCUCCUAUGCUAGACUUUGCCAAAAACUGAUUGGGGUUGAUUUUGUGAAAAACUUGAAUAUUUUUGUUCUGAAAACAACCUUGGUUAUUUUUUGCACUAUUCUUUGUUUCUGAACAUAAAAAUGAAGUAUUUUUGUCAUGACUGGUACACAAGCAUUUUUGGUACUCUGUUCUCAACUACAUAAAAGUGAAUAUGAUGUCUAAAACUUUUACGUGAAUAUAUGAUAUUUAUCUAUUCAGUACUUUGUUCUAUUAUGGUAUUGCAUUUGAAAACCCUAUGGCAUAACUUUCUGUUUCUACUUCUGUUCUAACCUUAUCACAUGUGUAAAAUUGUGGCGUUUGUUAUUACACUGGUACCAACAUCUCUAUUGGUAGGUCUUUCCUAUUUGCACACUUGGCACGCCGAGUUUAAAAGGGGGAGAUUUCAAUUUCUAUUUUUGCCUGGUUGGCUGUCGAGGUUUGCACAAUCCUUCUACAGGAGUAAACAUGGCCUCCGUUUUGUUAAGAUGUUGUUUCAAUUAUACUUAUGCCAAAGGUCUUUUGUCUAUAUUAUUAUUGUAAAUAAAUUUUUUUGAUAAAUUAUUAUUAUAAAUAUACGUUUCUGAAAUAUCGCUUUGUUAUUUUGAGACUUUGUUUUGUUCAGCAUUUUGUAACUAGCUCAUGGUUACACAUUGGUAUAGGUUUGUUGCUUACUGAAUUGUUGAUAACUUACCCAUUUAUCUCCACUAUUUUUCAGAUGACUUUGAUGAUUGUGACAGUUGGAAUAGAUGGCAUGCGACAAGAUUAGAAGAGAAAGGUGUGAUAAGUGUCAUGUGGCAUAACUAGUUUUGUUUGAUUUUGGGAUAAUAUUUAUUAGUGUUUAGUUUAUUUUCUCUGGAAGAGGAGUUGGGAUAAUUAAGAUUGGAGGAUUUUUGUAUCUAAGUUCUUAUUAUUGUGGAUUUCAAGUUAGAAGGGUUCACCCCUAGGUGUGGGGUGUGACUAUCAUACCCUUCAACAUUCCCUUUGAAGAAGCUUAACAUAAUGUUUUAUCAUGUGAUGUAUGUUUCCUUAUCUUCUAUUUACCAAGUCUUCGUCCCAUACAUUUUUCCUGCUCUUGUCAUUAAUAAAGACCAAACUCUGCAGGUUCAUGCUGUGACACAUGCUGCCCCACUGUGAUAGUGAUGUUCUAUGACCCCAAAUAUGGUAACUGGAGCAGCAAAACUUUACAGAUCUGGUCCUCUUUUUCAUUAUUGUCUCUUCCGAUUUACUUCGCUUCACCGAUACUCCUCACUCCCACCAGUAGAAGAAGCUUUAAAAGCUGCAGUUGAAGUCAAAAUGUACCAAAAGAUUCCUGACCUUCUUUCUUCAAAAGAAGCCGUCAAAAAUCCAAAUCCAUUCUCGUUCCUCUCGACUUUUCCUCGGAACAUCAGAAUGCAAAUCAUUGAUGAAAUUUUGCAGUCUUUUAUCCCUCUUAGACCUCGCUUUCGUCCCCGGAUAGCCUAUGCAUGUCUUCUUUCGUACACACUCCAAAGCCCCAAACCCCUCCCUCUUGCACUUGCCAUUCUUCAAAGAAUGCUUUACUCUGGUUGCAUCCCUGUCCCGCAAAUUCAUCUCCUCCUCUCUUCAGCAUGGCUGGAACGCCGAUGCCAAUCUGAAUGUGUCCCUAACAUCCUAUUGGAGAUGCAAUCAAUCGGAUAUCGUCCUGACUGUGGCACAUGUAAUUAUCUGAUAUCAUCUCUCUGCCGUGUUGAUCAAUUGGUGGAGGCAGUUAAAGUUUUGAAGGGCAUGGUUGGGGCCGGAUGUGUUCCUGAUUUGGAGAGUUAUGACAUCGUGAUUGGUGCAAUGUCUACCGUCAGAAAAACUAACGAUGCCACAGAUAUGCUGAAGGAAAUGGUGGCGAAAAUGGGAUUGAUGCCAAGGCAGGCAACGGUGGUGAAGGUAGCAGUAGCAUUGCGGGCAAACAGAGAGAUAUGGAAAGCAGUUGAGAUGAUUGAGUUCUUGGAGAGAGAGGGUACUGCUGUUGGGUUUGACAGCUAUGAGGUUGUCGUUGAGGGUUGUUUGGAGUGUAGCGAGUAUAUUUUGGCUGGAAAGGUUGCGAUGGUUAUGGCAGAGAGAGGUUUUUUACCACAUAUCAAGGUCAGGCAAAAGGUGGUUGAGAGGCUUGCUGGUAUUGGGGAAUGGGAGCUUGCUUGUACUGUUAGGCAAAGAUUCUCAGAGUUAAGGUCUUAGCACGUUGCAGUUGCUUUGGGAGUGGGUUAGUAACUUAGUUAAAAGCUCAAUCUGGGAUGGACCUAGUAAAUUUCGCAACAGCGACUAGCUUCUGAACUUUGGGGUCAAUGUUAUUUUGUCAGGCAGUCAGCUGCAUUACCUUCCAUGGAAAAUGUUGCUGCUCAUACCUGCAACUGAUGCUCAAGAGGGUGUUGGAGUUCACUGCACCCAACUCCUUUUUAAAAAUGAAACAGGAAGGAGUUCUCAACUUUUCACAUUGCAAAACUGGAGUCCUUGUGUUUCUGUUCCUCCAGCUAGACCAUUAGAGCAAAUAUAUUCCAGAAUGAAAGAAAUACAUGAAUGGAGUUUAAAUCAUUCACGGAUUAGGAAGCAGCCCGAUGUAUAGCUAUGCAUAGGAAAUGUUUUUUGGAUGGUCGAUUGACUGCUAUGGGAAUGAGUAGCCCCCUUAAAUUCAUUGUCCUUUGCAGUUACAGUUGACAAGUCUCUUUUUUGUUUCAGUUACAGUGGACAACUCUCUGUUUUUCGAAUAUACAUUACAUGUAACAUUUUGGAACUUGGCAAUAGAAAAACAGAUCAAUUAUGGAAAA